UCUGCACAAGGAGGUACAAUCUCCUAAUACAUGACCCUCCCCAGAUAACUGGAGCACUCACUUUCCUCACUGCUGGGACGAUGGGCACUGCCAGCUCGCCUUGGGGCAUUUGCAAAGCUUUUCUUGUGUUUUUAGUAACAUUUACAGUUGCCUGGAGUGACGGAAUAAAGCACAGGAGACCUGUUUUCUCAGGAUCUGUCCAGGAGAACAAACCAGUAGGGACAAAAGUCAGCGGUAUAAACAUCCACCUGAACAGAAUCAGCCCGGAGCCCUGGUGCUCCAUGGUGGCAGGAAGAAAGUGGCAUCUGCAGCUCAUUGGGGAGAAGGGCUCGCACUUUGAAGUCUACUUUCACCACAGGUAUGCUCAGAUGUCACUCAAAACUGCCCAGAUCUUGGACAGGGAAGAGAAGUCCAAGUACAUCUUCAGACUGGGGCUAUGUUGCAAACUUUGCCUUUCCCCAGAGCACAUAGCCACAGAACUGGCACUGGUCACUGUGUAUGUUCUGGAUAUGAAUGACAAUGCACCCAAGUUCUUCUCCAGCAAUCCAUCAAGGAUCAGUCUGGAUGAGACCACUGGGCUGAAGUCUGUGGUGUACAGUGUCAGGGCAGAAGACCCAGAUCAGGGCACCAAUGCAGACCUGGUUUAUUUUACUGACCCUGCAAGCUCCUACUUCUUUGUCAUCCCAAAGACUGGACAGGUGGUCCUGGUUGAGUCUAUUCUAAAUCUUAAGAAGACUAUCAAUCUGACCCUAUUCGCCAGGGAUCAUGGGCAGCCACCUCUGGUCAGUGCACCCUUCCAAGUAGAAAUCUGCCCAAGGGUCUUAAAGUUUUCAGUACCUGAAAAAGAAGAGUAUGCUCUAGAGGUGUACAGGCAAAAGAGGUCACUUGAGCUACCUGAGUCCUUCACUGCUAUAUCCAUCCCUGAGGAUUCUCCUCUUGGCUCUGUCAUCGUGACCUUAGUGUCCAGAGAUUUCCAGGACCCCUGGUAUGAACUGUUGUUCCCCUCUGCAGAACAAUCUCCUAUUGCAGUGAAUGGGGAGGAUGGAGAAGUGUCUGUGAUCAGGACCCUGGACAGGGAACAAGCCAAUAACUAUGAGUGUCAGAUCAAAGUGCUGGACAGAGCAGGGAAAGGUUGGUAUCUUGUUCAUCUACAACUGACCAUCACUGACAUCAAUGAUGAAUCCCCACAGUGGGCAAUGCAGCCAUAUCCUUUCUUAGCAACUGUGUCACCUUUGGCCCCAGCUGGAACAUAUGUCUACAAAUUACAAGCCAUUGAUAAAGAUGAAGGCGUCAAUGGAGAAGUGGAAUAUUUUCUUUUAGAAGGUGGUGAUGCGGGGUUUGAAGUGGACAGGAAUACUGGUUGGAUACAAACCACUGGACAAGUCCUAGAGGAAGGUGUAGAGUACCUGCUCACGGUACAAGCAGCUGAUAUACUCGGAAAGAAAAGUUCCUCGGUUUUGGUGUCAGUAAUUGCUGGUGAAAGACCCCCACAGUUUAAAAACACCUCUUAUGUAGUCUAUGUACCAGAGAACUCACCUCCAGGACAUGUACUGUUGGUGGUGUCAGCAAUGUCUCAUCAGAAUCGCCCUUUAAGCUAUAGCUUGGUCAGCAACCCACAUAAUUUAUUCAGCAUUCACCCACUCAGUGGGAACAUCACGAUGACUAGGUGGGUGGACUUUGAGACUGAACCCAAUCAGUUUCUGUUACUGGUGAGAGCAAGUGAAGACUCUCAGCCUCUGAGCAGCUCAGUGGAGGUUGUGGUGGUGAUUAUAGACAUAAAUGAUUGCACCCCAGAAUUUCAGCAGACAAUCUAUAGCAGAGACGGUGUCCCUGAGACGGUGCCCGUAGCAACCUCUCUCCUGCAAGUGACAGCCACUGACUGUGAUUCCGGCAUGAACGGGGAGUUUUCAUACUUCACUCUCAGCCCUGACUUCAACAUAUCUGCACAGGGCACAAUUAGCCCAGCAAGGCGCUUAGAUUACGACAGACCCAGUCAUCUGUAUGAGUUCGUCAUCCUGGCAAUUGACCAUGGGGAAUCACCAAACACAGGGACUGCCACAGUCAGAAUCCGGGUCACCAAUGUGAACGAUGAAGUCCCAGAAUUUUCCCAAACCAUAUAUCGAACAUUUGUAUCUGAGGAUGCAGCUCCCAAUACCUUGGUAGCCACAGUGCAGGCGUUCGAUCCCGAUGGAGACCAAGUCACGUAUGAAAUAUCAGGAGGAAAUGGAGAGGGAAACUUUGUUAUUGAUCCACAGAAAGGUCUUAUCCGUCUCGGUUCAACUCUUCUUCCACGGCUUCAUGGGACAGAGUAUAUUCUGUAUGUCACAGCCACAGAUGAUAAUUCCUCUGGGGGCCCCCACAGCCUCACCAGCACUACCACAGUUAUGGUCCGAGUGGAUGACAUUAAUAAUAAUAAGCCCAUAUUUUAUCAGUGUUCAGAUUAUAACAAAAAUGCCUCAGUCCUGGAAAACCAGCCCCCAGGAACAUUUGUACUUCAAGUAGAAGCAAAAGAUGCUGACUCCGGCAUGAAUGGCCAAGUAAAAUAUGGAAUUGUGCAUAGAGAAGGAUCUUUGCCUGCAUUUACCAUUAAUCCAGAUACAGGCAUCAUAACUACAUUGCAGAGUUUUGAUCGUGAGAAAGAGAAGGAGUAUCCCCUAACUAUAAAAGCCACUGACCAGGCUGCUGAUGCUCUCAUUGGACUCUGUCAGAUUACUGUAACCAUCCUUGACCAAAAUGACAAUGACCCAAGCUUUGAAAAUAACCGCUAUGAAUAUUUCCUAAAGGAGGACACACCUGUAGGCACCAGUUUCCUGCGCAUUGCAGCUCAUGAUGAAGAUUAUGGCCUAAAUGCAGCCCUUUAUUACUCAGUGGCAGACGACGAAUCAACUGUGUUUCAGAUCAACAGCACAACAGGGUGGCUGUAUGUCAGCCAACUUUUGCCAAGGAAGUCCUUCAUAACCCAAGAAGUGAUUGUGACAGAUGGUGGAAACAGGAGCUCAAGAGUUGAGGUCGCCAUUCGAGUCACUGAUGCCCAGAAUCAGCCACCAAUAUGGGAAAAGGAUAGAUAUGAAAUUGUCAUUCCUGAGAAUACAUUGAGAGAUACACCUAUUGUGACAGUUAAGGCCACCUCCCUCCUUGGAGACCCUCGAGUUACAUACAAUUUGGAGGAAGGACUGGUACCUGAGAGCAACAUGCCCAUACGUUUUUACCUGACAGUGAAUCGGGAAGAUGGUUCUGCGUCUGUGCUGGUUGCAGAGAACUUGGACUUUGAAACAACCAAGAACUUUAUCCUGAAAAUCCGUGCUCAGAAUGUUGCUCCAGUCCCUUUAGCAGCAUUCACUACAGUGUUUAUUAAUGUCACAGAUGUGAAUGACAACGUUCCCUUCUUUAGCUCAUCCAUAUAUGAGGCGUCAGUGACUGAAGGACUUGAUCUAGGAACCUUUGUCCUUCAGGUGUCUGCUUCGGACCAAGACUUAGGUCUAAAUGGAAAGAUCACCUAUUCUAUUUUAGAAGAUCGCAGUGGGGAUCAUGCUCUUUUCCACAUAGACCCCCAGACAGGUAGCAUCUAUACUGCAGCAGUGUUUGACAGAGAGGAGAAGACUUCAUACCUGCUCGAAGUGAAAUCAUCUGAUGGGUCAGAGUCCGCCAGACCUGGAAAACAUGGGCAACCCAAUUCUGACACUGCCUACGUGCGCAUUUUUAUCAUCGAUGUCAAUGAUAACCAGCCAUCAUUUACUCGACGAGCCUACUUUGUAAGCGUGGAUGAAGAUCAGGAUGUUGGGUCUGUGGUGGUCAUUGUUAGUGCCAAUGACCCAGAUGAAGGAAUGAAUGCCAAUAUCCGUUAUCAGAUCACAGCCGGAAACAUUGGAGGCGUGAUAGAUCUGAACCCAGAGACUGGAGCUAUCUUAAUUGUCCACCCACUAGAUUAUGAAGAAGUUAAGGUCUAUGUGCUCACCCUGCUGGCAUCAGAUGGUAAAUGGGAAGACUUUGCCACAGUGACCAUCAAUGUGUUAAACAAAAAUGACGAACCACCAGUUUUCUCACUGAAUGAAUACAGAGGAAGUGUGACCGAGCAGCUGUCUGAUUUACCAGUGUUUGUUCUUCAGGUUUCAGCCACUGAUCCAGAUUAUGAUCAACCUGGAGGUUUGAAGUAUUCUCUACAUGGAAGCGGUGCUGAGAACAUAUUUACCAUUGAUGAGAAGACGGGAAGUAUCUUUGCUAUACAGCCACUGGACCGUGAGGAACAUGCUAUAUGGAGAUUUAUGGUACUGGCCACGGAUGAUGAAGGUGAUGGACUCACUGGAUUCACAGAUGUCAUAAUUUAUGUGCAGGAUAUAAACGACAACACUCCCCAGUUCAUCUGUUCCUUUAAUACAUGUAAUGCUACUGUGCACGAAAAUGCACCACCAAAUAAUUCAAUUAUGGAGAUGUCUGCCAUAGACUUAGAUGAUAAAAAUGAUGGCCUAAAUGCUAUUUUGACCUACUCCAUACUGUCAAAUCCACUAGAUGUAUUAGGCCUUGAAAUGUUUAAUAUAAACCAAAAUACUGGAACUAUUUACACAUCCAAGGGGAAGCUUGAUAGGGAAAGCAAUGAUUCUUUCUUAAUUCUGGUUGAAGUUAAAGAUGGCGGUGGUUUGUCCUCCACUGCUACAGCUACCAUUACAAUUUUAGACACCAAUGACCAUGAACCAAAAUUCACUCAAGAAACUUUUCAUGCUGCCAUUUUAGAGACCACUGAAGUUAAUUCAGGCAUCCUCCAGGUCUUUGCAGUUGAUGAAGAUAUUGGUGAAAAUGCUUUGCUAAUCUUUAGCAUCACUGAAGGUGAUCCGGAUCAAAAAUUUUCCAUUGAAAACCCAAGAAAUAACCACAAGGCAGAAAUUAAACUCAAGAAAAGCUUAGAUUAUGAGAAUGCUCAAGAGUGUUGGUUCAACCUGACCAUUAAAGUAGAAGAUAAAGACUUUGCCAGCUUCUCACACUGCAUAAUAGAGCUACAAGAUGUAAAUGAUAACCCCCCAGUCUUUAGUCAAUCACAGAUGAAGGUAGAUUCUUUUUAUGAAAACAUAACAGUUGGCACCAUCAUUGCCAACAUCAUGGCAACUGAUGCUGAUUCUGGUAAAAAUGGGCAAAUUAUUUACAGUAUUGCACCAGACUCUGAUAUUUACGAGGAUUUUGUUGUUGACCUUAAUGGCUGUAUAAUGGUAUCAAGACCACUGGACAGGGAAGUCCUAAAUACAUACAGUCUUGUCAUUUUGGCUACGGAUGAAGGUUCCCCAGCACAAACUGGAACAAUGACUGUUCUUUUCAACCUGUUGGAUGUAAAUGAUAAUGGCCCACUAUUUGAUGGCACAUACCUGCCGGUAGUUAGGGAAAAUGUUGCCUAUCCUCGGACUUUACGAUUGAAUGACACUUCAUAUUUAUUGCAUGCUGUUGACCUAGACUCACCAGAGAAUGGUCCACCCUUUCGUUUCUCUCUCCCAGCCGACCAGCAAAAUUCUACUAACUUCAUGUUGAUUGAUCAUGGUGAUAACACAGCCUCAAUCCAGACUCAGAGAGUGUUUGAUAGAGAGCAGGAAAAAGAGUUUUAUCUCCAUGUGAUUAUUACAGAUGGUGGACAGCCACCAAUGAGUUCUACGAAUACACUGACCAUAACCAUUGGUGACGAGAAUGAUCAUGGCCACCAAGCUGGACACAAAGAAGUCUACAUUUAUUUCCAUGGAGCAUCUCGGUCACGGGUUGACGUGGGGAAGGUCUUCGCUCCAGAUGAAGAUGACUGGGAUAAUAAAACAUUCACCGCCAUCUCCAAAAUGCCAGCGCACUUUCACUUGGACAGUAAUACAGGAAUGCUACAACUUGUGGAGACGUGUGACCAAGGAACUUACAAUCUGGAGGUGAAAGUUUCUGAUGGAGUCUGGCCAGAUGUUGUAUCCACCUUGAAGAUCCAUGUAAAGGAGAUACCAAGUGACAUAAUCUACAACUCUGUAUCUAUAAUUUUAACCAAUGUGACUGCAGAAGAGUUUAUAGUAAAGGAUGAUCUGGGCAUAAGCAAAGAAGAACAACUACGGAGGGUCCUGGCAGAAGUAAUACCAGCUCCACUAGAUAACAUUCAGAUAUUUAGCUUGAGAGGUGAAGGGAGAGUGACAGAAGUGAGGCUGGCCAUUCUGGGCUCUUCCUCAUCUACUCAAUACAAAGUUGAGAAGUUGCAGAGUCUGAUUGUCACACAUAAAAGUGAGAUCCAGGCAGCUGUGAAGAUGGAAGUAUCCCCUGGAGAGGCAGACUUCUGUCUGAGAACUGUAUGUCUGAGAAGUGCUGGGCGCUCCUGCCACAUGGCAAUCCCAAACUGGCCAGUGCUUGUGGAUGGGGGCAGUGUCUCCUUUGUUUCAGUCAUCCACAAUUUGAGUGCGGCAUGUAGGUGUCUGGCAUCAGACAGGUCCCGACAUUCCUGCUCUACUUUGCCCCCAAAUCCAUGCUUUAAUGGUGGUACUUGUAUGGAUACAGCAACAGGAUACAGGUGUCAUUGUGCAUCACAGUUCUAUGGACCACUGUGUCAGCUGACUCUGCGCAGUUUCCACAGUGAUGGAUUUGCCAUUUUUCUGCCAAUUCAAUUUUGCUCCGAAAGCCACUUAUCUCUAGAAUUUAUGAGUGAUGAACCAAAUGGGAUUGUGCUAUAUAAUGGACCCCUGUCUAGUCAGUCUGGAAAUUCAGAUUAUUUUGUGUCCAUUGCCAUAGUGCAGGGUGUCCCCAGCCUUACGAUUGGACAAGUUGAGGACUCACUACAUUUACAGCUUCCUGAUAUACUGAAUGUAACAGACGGAAAAUGGCAUCGGAUUGACGUUAGAGUAAAGAAGAAGGAAGUAACAUUCACCCUAGACCGCUGCAGUACAGCCAUUAUAAUUGAGAGGGAAGGAGUCGGUAAAAAGCUAUUAUCAGAGGAUCGGGCAGGAUGUGAAGUUGGAGGAGUGAUGACUAAGGAGUUGAGGUUCUGGAAUCCCCAUCAUGUCCUCCAGCUGGGGGGGACUAAAGCAUUGCCUUCUCUGGAUGUCACAAACGCUAAUUUCAAAGGAUGUCUCCGUAAUCUAAUAGUUAAUAAGGAGAUGUAUGAUCUUGGAGCCCCUAUAGAGUCUGUCAAUAGCUCUCCUGGAUGUGCAGCUUGUGAUGUCAUCAGCUCUGCAACUGCCCCAUGCACCCCAUCCCCAUGCACUGGAGAAUUUGCUGCCUCCGACUGUGACUGCCUAUCCAGCUCUGAUCGAAAGGAAUGUAAAAAAGAUGAUGCAGAAUACUUCUUCCAGUCCGGAAGCUUCAUUCAGUAUAAAUUUCCCCACACGUUUCAUACACAAAGGACACAUUUCAAGACCAUGUUAAGAACUCGUCAGUCCAACAGCAUUAUCCUGAGUGUGUCCUCACAAGACCAAACCGAGUACAUCAUCCUGCAGGUAAUACAUGGGAUACUUGCAGUGUCCUAUAAUAUCGGUGAUGGUGAUUUUGUAGUUCAUCUUCCCAAUCAUAGAGUUGAUACUGGGGAGUGGCAGGAAGUCACUUUGGAAAGAAUGCAGAAUGAAUUCUUUUUACGUGUAAACAGUAGUGGGGAGCACAGAGAGAUUACAGCGGCACAUGGGACAUACAAGGAGAUUAAGGUGGAUCCCAGCAGCAUUGUUCUUGGAAGUGGCAACCUUCAAGACCUCAGCUUUCAAGGUUGCAUAAAGGAUGCAAGGCUGAAUAACUACAAACUACCCAUGGAAAACGAGUCCAGCACUCCAGUAUCUAUUGUUAGGAAACAUGGUGUAGAUAAAGGCUGUAUUUCUGAUGUUUGCAAAAACCACCCAUGUGAUCGGGGAUUUGUCUGUACAGAUCUGUGGAUGAUUCAUGAAUGCAGCUGCCCCCCAGGGUAUCUGUUAAUGGAGAAUAACACGGGUCAAUGGUGCCUCUACACUGUAUGUGUGCAGAGUCCUUGCAAACAUGGAACUUGUGUCCCACAAACACCGGCUGAGUUCACCUGCCUUUGUCCUCAUGGCUAUGGUGGGAGUAAAUGUGAUGUUCUUCUACAUGGCCUGGAUCCUGGAUUAGGACUCAGCACCUUCCUUAUCAUCUGCAUAUGUUCAACAGCACUUAUAGCGCUGAUUGCAGGUGCCGUCCUGUUCUCUCAUUGCAACAAAAAGAGGCGAUUAAAUGAAGGUGUCUAUCAUGUGUCUGCAUACAAGGACGAGCCUGAAGACACCCGGCAAAAUAUCUUCCAUUACAAUGAAGAAGGAGGAGGGGAGGAGGACCAGGAUGCAUUCAGCAUGACAGAUCUCCAGCUGUCCCUUCAGAGCAGCCCGGCGCAGUCUCUCUGCAGGAGGAUGAGGGAGCAGCAUAUAAAUGGCCCCUUAAGCUGCGAUUACGAUACGUUUGACAGCCAGAAGGUAACGUCAAAAGUGCCAGCGCCAAAGAGACUGAGCUGUUCUUUUACCGGUGGAGAUUUUGAGCAAUAUUUCUACGAUGUCUGUCAGGACGCUGCUUAUAUGCGCGCAUCAUGUGAUAGCUUAAAGGUGUACGACACAGAGGGCACAGGGUCCCUUGCUGGAAGCCUCAGUACAGUGGCCUCAUCUGGACUUGACUCAGACUUAGAAUAUGAAGAAUUGAGAACAUGGGGGCCAAAAUUUAGCUAUCUCUGUAAACUUUACUCAUACACAGAGGACGAUGAUCCAUAGUGAUGUGUGUGGCGCGAGGGUAUAAAAAGACAUCAUGUCACCUCCAUGAACUGCUGGAUCUGCAACGAACAGACAUCACUAUUGGGUCUUGCUAAAGAUAAGUUCACCCACACUAAGAGUACAAUGGAAUGGAGCUGACAGAAAUGUUCAAUUGCCCACAAAGCUUACACUUAAAAGCGUCAAUGCAAUGUAUACUACCACAAUAUGAACCACUGUGAUAUUCUCUAGGAAUUUUGUAAAGUAACACGAACCCCUCCACAAUGGAUAUAAGUCACCUCUUUUCUAGUGAUGAUUUUUAUGCACCCCUAUGUGGCUUGUCUGUUAGAUGUGGUGACUGAGAUAAGACAUCAGAAUUAUAUGAUUUUGUUCAUUUAAUGUAAAAUGAAUUGGAGUUUUGUGAGGAGGCCAGCAAUAAAGCAAUAUACUAAUGCACUUCCUCAUCUCAGAGAAAACAAUAUGGCACAAGUCUUAGAGUCUGAAAAGCCAUUCUCCAUAAUUAUAUAGAGAUCUUACUACAUGCGAUUCAGAGUAUUGUGCCCCCUCCUUUUUGUGAUGCUGAAAUCACUUUAUCCUUUAAUUUAUCAAGUUCUUAGCUCUACUGAAAAUAAUUGCAUUAAAGGGACAGUACAGUGGGGGAAAAAAAAAAAGUUUCCUACCUGAUCCAGCUCUGCCCCCUUGCCCUUUUACUUUACUCAUUGAAGCUGGCAAUGACUUCAUUUUGGGGCUUUCGCCUUUCAACUAUGCUGAAAGAAAAAAAUCAGGUUUCUUGUCUCCUUCUAACACCCCCCUUGAUUUUUCAAUAACUUUUUGUAUGUAUCUAAAUGUGCCUUACUUUGUGCAUGCUCGACCUAGUGCCAAUCAUUCCUUAACUUUUUGCAUUGAAUUUCAUUUCUUUUGUCUGUAAAUACGUAAAAUGAAAUUUUAUACAUUUCCUAAUGUGGCUUUGAUUGCAUCUGAACACUGAAAUGAUUUUGGGGAUGUUGCUUAAAAAAUAAAUAAAUAAAAUAAC